GUCUUGGGCAACCCGUCCGAAUCAAGUAUAUCCCCUCGCUAGCCUUCAGCAUCGCCCGCCGGCGGUCUACGCCGAAUAAGCCGAUCAAGCCCCCAGGCAAGAACUGGGCUCGCGCCUUCGAGAAACGCCAGCCCGAAGUCAAAGCGAGGAGAGUCAGGUCGAUAGACUGGAACCGACACGAGAAGUUUAUAUACAACAAGAUUACGGAGUGGUUUGAGGUAAUCGGCAAGGUCCUACAAGAUCCGACCACCACUAUACUGCCGGAGAAUGUCUACAACAUGGACGAAACUGGUGUCAUGCUAAGCAUGCUGGGGUCCGUUAAGGUGCUCGUAGGCAAAGACGAUCUACGAGGCUAUAGGGGCGCUGGUGUCAAACGGACUAUGAUAACGGCGUGUAUUAGCGCUGAUGGUAGGUCGCUGCUACCGCUCAUCAUCUGGCCAGCUUCCACCCAUCGGAGUAACUGGACUACGCAUCCAACCUCUGGAUGGCAUUACGGACAUUCGGAGAAUGAGUACAAUGACUCGAAAAUCUGUUUAGAGUGGCUUACGCGUAUUGACGGCUUUGGGACUCACGAGACCCUUGAGAUCCUAGAGUUUUGCUUUGAAAACGGUAUCAUUUUGUGCCGUCUGCCUUCCUACACCUCUCACAAGCUCCAGCCAUGUGAUGUUGGCGUCUUUGCCCCGUUGAAGACAGCCUACCGAGUUGGAUCCCAGCGGUUAAAUAGAGGCAUAGACAAGGUUGGCAAGGAACACUUUACUUAUCUAUACCAGCCAGCAAGUGACCGAGCGUUGACCAAAAGGAAUAUCAAGGCCGGCUGGGCCGCGACUGGUUUGUUCCCGUUCGAUCCGAAAAGAGUGCUGCGAGAUAUACCCAAGCCGCCCGCGGAGCUUACCGCACCUGACACAUCUGCGGCACCCUGCCCUCAAGACGAAGUACUGAGCCCGGUGAUGCCCGUUACACCUGUGACGGUUGGGGGUCUUUCGUCAUUUCACAAAUUAAUCAAACAAGAUGCUUGUGCAUCCGAACGUCUGCAGAGGCGCGUACAGAAGCUCGCAAGUGCCGCUCAAAUAUCCUUUGCUAAACAACAUCUCCUUUAGGAUCACAAUCGACUUUUGGCUCAAAUCAAUAAAGAAGGCCGGGUUCGCCGAUCGACGCCAUCCAAGGUCCUCGGGAAGGCGAAGGUAAUGAGCUUUGAGGACCUAGAGGAGGCACGAGCGAAGCGUGCUGCUAAAGACAAAGCUACUGUAGAUAAGGGCAAGGGAAAGCGUGGUCGCAAGCGCAAGACUCGUGCCCCAGAAGUCGAUAUGGUGGAAAUUGAAGUAUCCGGCGAAGCUGCCGAGCCAUGGAGGGCCCCAGUAGCGCGUAUGUAUUAGUAUAUCAGGACAACG